AUGGAUUCUCAAGUUAAAGUAAAAAUAGUAAUUAAUUCUGUUCCUCACAAUAGCAUAACCUUAGAUGAAAAUUUAAACCUUUCUGAGGCUUAUCACCAAAUAAUAAAAAAAUUAGGUUCUAAUUUUGAGGAUCCUAGAUAUAAAUAUUUUUUAAAAAAUCUUGAUAAAAAUAUUGAACACGACAAACCAUACAGCACUAAACUAAAACUAUCAGAAAUAAUCGACCAUAAGUCUGGCAUCAUUUAUUUGAAUAGAAUAUUAAAAGUUAAAAUUAAUGUCACUGGAAAUCGACCUAUAGAAUGUGAAUUCGGUAAUCUUGAUGAUAAUCUAUUUAAUAUCCGCAAGAGAUUGUUGCAUAUACGCGAAAAGUCACAAAUUAAAAUUAUCCCACGAUUUUUUAAAUUCUUAUCAGAGGAUGGAACCCCUGUAACAGAAUUUGGAGAACAACACACGACAUUAGGAGGAAUUCUUGGAACGAAUAACGUAUUGCGCAUUUCACUUGAUGAGAAAAAAACCCUUAUAAACCAAAAAUCCAGUACAAUUGUCACUAUUCAUAAACACCUGCAUUCAGGUAGUGUCAUUAAAUAUACUGUACGGUUAUUUACCUACAGGAAGCUUGAUUAUGUUCGAUCAAUUCUUAAAAUGGGACCGAAUUUAAAUUUUUAUCAUAUUGAUGAUGAAAAAAUUAGUCGUUUUUCGGAAAUUUCUACUGAUUGGGCAGAUAUAGCUUGGGUAAUUGAUGACAAACUCCAUUUAAAAAUUUGUCAAGAAGAUGAUAGAGAUUGGAAUAAACUAAUUGAGCAGUGUGAUAUGGGAUUUACCUACGAAAAAGAGCAUAUUAAAUUCGCCUAUUCACAAGCAUUUACAAUCAAUGUAACAAAAAUUAAUCCAAUAUUCAAUCCUCUUUAUUCCGGAAAAAUGGAACUCAAAUGCGAACAAAAAUUCGAUAGUUUAUUUAAAGAAUGUCUUAUUGUAAAUGGAGAAAUAGCAGCAACUUCUCCUUUACCUUAUUUACCUUAUUUGUCUUUAUUUGCUGGAAUUUCUUAUAAACAAGCAAAUGAACUUUAUAAAUCCCGUCAUGAAACGACCAGAUAUUUAUGCGACAUUAUAUGCCAAGCAAAAUUAAGCCUUGAUAAGAAGACUAUCAUAUUGAAUAAAGAUUUCAUUAACGAAAUAAAGUCAGCACUAAACGAUGAAUAUACUAAUGAUAUGAAAAUUAAUGAACUUAGAAAGGUUUUUCGAAAAUACGGCCAUUUUUAUGCCAGUGAAGUUAUUUACGGGGGAGCAAUUAUUGUGAAUUUUAAGAAUACUAAUACGAAAAGAAACGAUUCCGAAAAGGCUGGUAUAGGUGUAAAAACGGGUGCAAACAUGGGUGCAAUCACUAGUACUCUUACGGUUCGUGAUGAUUUCCAAAGAAUCACAUCGGAGUUAUUAGAUAUUUCAAAAAAAAAGUUAACAAUUGUCGGUGGAAAUGAAGCUUUUUAUAUUGAGGAUAAUAAUGAAGCUAUUAGGUCAUGGAGAAAUUCAGUUAACAAUUCCAAAUACUGGAGAAUUAUUUCUUACAAUAUAAGACCAAUAAUUGAUUUGCUAGAUGUCAAUUUAAAAAAUCAAAUUCUAGAAAUUUUUGGAAAAAAAAUUCUUAGAGCUGGAAUAACAACACAUACUAUCGAUCUACGAUACCUGUCCAAAGAACCAAUUAUAGUAGAUGAUUUAAGUAAUAUAUUUAGAGAGCUUACCUCGAACCCAUCCCAAUGCCAGAUUUUUGCGUCAAUAAUGAACCAAGAUGACCAUAUAUAUUCUUUACGAGUUGAUUACGCGGACGAAUAUUCUCCAUUUAUGUUUGAACAAAGAAAUAAUGAAAUCGACGUUACUAUUUGUGAAAAAAUGGUUGAAGAAAUGCAGAGACAAAUUAGGAAUAAUUACAAUACAGCAUGCUUAUUUGUUCGCAAUUUUGACAGCAGCUACAAUAUUGACAACGUUCUUAAUGAAAUUCCUCUUCUAAAAGUAGUUUACAGCGCCAUUAAUAUGGGAGAUAAUAGACCUCGCUUACUGAAGGUAAAAUGGAAUAAUAAUAUGAGGUUUAAUAUAAAUCUGAAUAUGCCUUUUACUUCAAUGUUUAAAGACAAUUCUAAAAAAUUAAUCAUAUGUGAAGAAGAUGGGACUUUUCAUUCAAUCCUUGAAAACUGUGUUAAGAAAAAACAAGAGGGUUAUGAACUCGGAUGUCCACUAUUAAUAAAUAUUAUGAAUGAGUGUGAAUAUCAUGGAUUCGUAAAUAUUAAUCGAAAAUCCCCACUAUACUAUUCAAUGAAUCAUUCAAGUAGCGAAAGUUCAGAGUUUGAAGGUUUUAUUUCAUAUUUAUCAUUGCCGACUAAUUCCCUCUAA